AUGUGGCUUCUACUGGUGCUGGCCUCGGCACUGCUACCAGGCUCUGGGGCAGUGACAGGGCCCGGCACCGUGCAGUGAUUCCUGAGGGAAACCCUGCCGGUCACCUGCGCGCACCAGCCUGGCUGGGAGACGUUACCGAAAUUCUGGUGCAAAGCGAGUACACGUACUGGAGUCACCUGUGCCACUUACAUCGUCAGCACCGUGAAAUUGCAGCUCCUGGUGAGGCAGGGCCGGUUCUCUAUCCUGAACAGCUGCGUGCUGUGGGCAUUCCGGGUGACUGAGGAGCGUCUGGCCAAGAAAGAUGCGGGCACGCUCCGCUGUGGGAUUCGAAAGGGAUUUUUCCCCUUACAUGAGAGUGCUGACGUGGAGGUUAUCAUAACCCCGGAUCGGUCCAUGCAAGUUUUCCUCAUAGCAGCAGUGAUCCCUGCGUUGGGGGCCCGGGACCACACUGAGGGAGGAUGUUUCACCCUGAGCGUAACAGGAAGACGGGACCCGUUGCACCGCUGCAUCCAUCCUUCUUCCGCAGCUGCAACCUCGACGCUCUCGCCGGACGCUCCGCAGGGGACCCGCGGCACUUUCCGCUAUUUCCCUGUGCUCGCCGGACUGCAGCUGCUGGAGCUGCUGGCCAUGAGCGUGGCCGUGCUCUGGGUCAGCCUGCGGGACCGCUAA